AUGCGUGACAGCCAAGGCAAACCCACAGAGACACGGCGUUUAUCCUCGCAAUCGGUUCAGCGACCAAAGAAAGUCCUGUCAACUCAUCAUGAGAGCGAUUCUGCAAGAAAAGAGCCUUUACGCACAGCAGUGUCUGCGGAUUCACAGCAAUUAUCUAAUCAAUCAUCGGAACAUACAACCGAGAUUCCACACACUCAUCAUGUGAACAAGCCUGAAAGUAAGGAUCCUCCAUAUGCAGCUGUCCAUGCAGAGGUACGACAGUUAUCCCAGCACUUGGUACAGCCACCGACGGAAGUUCUAGACAUUCGUAAUAACAGCAAGCCUACGAGUAUAGAGACUUUGCAUAAAAGAAUUCCUGCUAGGGAACGGCAAUCGUCUCAACAGUCAGUACAACAACCAACAAUGUUUCAGGACGUUCAACAUGUGAGAAAACCUAGGUGUAAAGAGACUUUGCCCACAGAAUUUCCUGCAGAGGCACUAGCUGCUUCAACAAAAUCUCUGGCAGACGUGGUGAAUCUACAAUGGAGCAAAGUCCCAAGAACAUACAUAGUGCUUCGGACCAUCAAUUGCCUGGACCUUCUCGACAGGUUCAUCGAUCUAGGCUUCUCUGACCACUGGUUCCUCACUAAUCAGCGAGGGCUCCCUUCAUGCCUUGUGCCCAGCAAGCGCUCACAAAUCGUGACUACCCAGGACCUAGUCAUGAUCAAGUCUAUGGACCUCGAGAAAGGCGAAGAGGGGUGGCAUUACUUCUUCCGGGAACACAAGACACUUCCGUUGGAGAUGAAGGGUAUUCUUGGGACUGGUAAGUUCGGACAGGUGGACCGGGUGCUCAGCUUGAUUAGCUUCAGAGAGUACGCGCUGAAGCGAGUGCCACGGAGCGCUGCGUUUAGUGGACGAAGAACAGAAGUCGUUAAACAGUUUAUUACUGAGAUGAAAGCCUUGAAGCGUAUCAAGUACCACCAUGUGGUUGAGUUUGUUGGGAGCUAUACCGAUCUAAAGUACAUGGGUCUCAUCGUGUCUCCUGUUGCUGAUAUGGACUUAUUUGCUUACCUGGCCAGUGUGGAUACAACCAAACAUCAAGAAAUAAGUACCUUUUUCGGCUGCCUGACUCGCGCUCUGGAGUUUGGGAGUGGUCUUUCUGGAGAUGACGGCUGUGCUCAAAGGCAGAACGAGCACGGGAAUUUCCAGGCCUUUAUACGCACGAAUCCGACUAGUACGGAUGCUCUUAUCAAACAGCUCAAAGAAAUGGGUAAUCCCGCCGACAAUGCAGCACUGGCAUGGACUCAAGACAUGAUCAUGGUACAACAGCAACUGCGGCCCAAUGCGGCAUCAUUAAUGGCAUCUAUCCUCGGCAAGAGUCAGACGGGGAGCGGGAGCGAAGUCUUUUGGGGGAUAUGCUGCACUUCGCAGCAUGAUGAUCUGAGCGAUUUCGAUGAGCUGGAGAUAGAUGAUACCAAAUGA